CCGCAGCUGUCAUGGCGGAGACCGUCUGGAGCACUGACACCGGAGAGGCCGUGUAUCGCUCUUGGGACCCCGUGCGCAACCUCCGCCUCCGAGUCCACCUGCAAAGAAUCACAUCAAGCAACUACCUCCAUUACCAGCCUGCUGCCCAGCCCGGGAAGGACCUCAUAGACUUGGCCACUUUCAGGCCUCACCCAUCCGCCAGUGGACACCACCCGGAGGUAGAUGAAGAGGAGGAGGUCGUGAUUGGAUGGCAAGAGAAGCUCUUCAGCCAGUUUGAAGUAGAUCUGUACCAAAAUGAAGCAGCCUGUCAGAGCCCUUUGGAUCAUCAGUACCGCCAAGAGAUUCUGAAGCUGGAGCAUUUGGAUGGCAGGAAGAACCGACGAAUCUUUACCUACACUGACUCUGAUAGAUGCACCAAUUUGGAGGAGCACUGUCAGAAAAUGACCACCGCAGCCAGCGAAAUGCCGUCAUUCUUGGUCGAGCGAAUGGCAAAUGUCAGGCGGCGACGGCAGGACAGGCGAGGGAUGGAGGGUGGCAUCCUUAAGUCACGCAUCGUCACCUGGGAACCCUCAGAAGAGUUCAUCAGGAACAACCAUGUCAUCAACACCGCUCUUCAGACAAUGUACAUCAUGGCGGACCUGGGGCCCUAUGGAAAGCUUGGCUAUAAGAAGUAUGAACAUGUCCUCUGUACUCUGAAGGUGGACAGUAAUGGUGUGAUCACAGUAAAACCUGACUUCACUGGCUCCAGAGGACCCUACAGAAUCGAGACGGACGGGGAGAAGCAGGAGCUGUGGAAGUAUACGAUUGACAACGUGUCCUCCCUUGCACAGCCUGAGGAGGAGGAGCGGGAACAGCGUGUGUUCAAGGACCUCUAUGGCCGGCACAAGGAGUAUCUCAACAGCCUCGUGGGCACUGACUUUGAGACGACGGUACCAGGUGCCCUCCGGCUCUUUGUAAAUGGAGAGGUAGUUUCAGCCCAAGGCUAUGAGUUUGACAAUCUUUACGUCCACUUCUUCGUGGAAUUGCCGACUACUAGCUGGUCAAGCCCAGCAUUCCAGCAGCUCUCAGGAAUAACACAGACCUGUGCCACCAAGUCCCUAGGAAUGGAUAAUGUGGCUUACUUCUCCUACCCGUUCACGUUUGAGGCCUUCUUCCUCCACGAGGAUGAAUCUGCCGGUGCUCUCCCGGCAUGGCCUGUGCUCUACUGCGAGGUCCUCUCGCUGGACUUCUGGCAGAGGUGCCGCGUGGAAGGCUACGGGGCUGUGGUGCUGCCUGCCACCCCAGGCUCACACACCCUGACGGUCUCUACGUGGAGGCCCCUGGAGCUGGGCCCGGUGGCUGAGCUGAGGAGGGUUUUCAUCGGCGGCUCUCUGGAGCUGGAGGACCUCUCCUACGUGCGGGUACCAGCAACCUUCAAGGGCCUUCCUGGAGUCCAGUUCUCUCCGGAAGAGGCUGAGGAGCGUGUUGGACCGUCUGGAGGGGUUCAGCCAGCAAAGUUCCAUUCACGGUGUGCUAGAAGCCUUCCGUCGAGCCCGGCGCCGCAUGCAGGAGGCCCGAGAAAGCCUUCCCCAGGACCUCGGGAGCCCCUCGGGGGCCACGGUCUCCUAGCUCGCUGCAGUCCUGGCCCGCCGUGCACGAGGACAAGACGAGUGAUAUCCAAGGCCUGGGCCCUCUUCGUCUUUCUGAUUAGAGACCCCGCUGACCUGCUGAGAACCGGAAGAGCUGAGAAUCCCGGGCUGGCCCCCCUGCCUGAUCUUCAGCUGCUGGGUGGCAACAAAGCCAAAGACCCUGUGGCCCCCAUAUGGUCCCUGUCUUCAUAUGUCAGCCACUGCAAGUGACCAUCGCAACAAGACAGGCUUUUUGGUUUGAGACCAGUUUUGGGGGGAAGCCCAAAGUUAGUUCUGUCCUUGACACAGCCUCCUUUCCAGCCUGUCUCACGGUCUCAGUGGCAGAGAGCAGCAGUACCUCCUGCUCCACACCUGCUUUACACAUGGAGGCCUGAGAAAGAAGGCAGGCAAGAGAGAUCUUACAUUCCUGGCCCAGGAACCCAGCCUCCUCUUCCCAGGGUGGCUUCCCCUUCCUGCUGGGGGCUUGUUUCUGUAGUAAAUGAAGGCUGAAGGCAGUGCCCAGUUCUUUCUGCUAGCUAGCUGUCAUCUUUUAUUGUGUUUUUUGUACAUAAAAACUUUUUAUACUGAC